AUGAAAGAACGUUUUAAAAAGAAAGACAAUUUCAAUAGUAAAAUGAUUCUUACUCAGUUAUUUUCUUUAUUAUGCACUUAUUAUAGUGGAAUGAUAAUAGUAUGUCAAUUUUUGGAUUUUGCAGUGGGAUUAUAAGUAAAGUAUUAAAUGAAUCAUUAAUAAUUAGUUUCAUUUAGGAUAAAUUUGGGACUUUGGAAUUUAUAGCUAUGACACUUACUUUAGUGUAAAUGUAUUGAGUAAUGUUUUCAAUAUUUUAGUGGUUGUAAGUGGAUUGGUAAAUUUAUGUUUUUUUAAAAUUGUAGAUAUUUAUAGUUGUAAAAGGAAGCAAGGUAUUAGAUUUUGUAUUUUCUUUGUAUUUAUGGCAUUUCAUUAUAUGUUGUAUUUUAAGUUCUUCUGAAUUUAAUAAAUUGUGGCUAAUAAUAAAUACAAUAAUAAGUAUUUUGACAAUAUUUUUGGG